AUGGAGAUGAUGUACACAGAUAUUGCUCAAGCCUUGAGUGCUAAGGGACUCACUGCAAACCUUAGGGACUACUUGACUUUUUUUUGCCUUGGGAAUCGUGAGGGCCAAAAGAUGGGAGAAUACACACCUCUAGAGAAAUCAGAUCCUGAUACUGAUUAUAGCAGAGCUCAGCAGGCGCGUCGCUUCAUGAUCUAUGUUCAUGCAAAUAUGAUGAUAGUUGAUGAUGAAUACAUAAUCAUCGGAUCAGCGAACAUCAACCAAAGAUCAAUGGAUGGUGCCAGGGACUCCGAGCCGCAAAAUGAGAGUGAGGCAAUAAGGAUCCCUCAGUGGCAUCAGGCCAUGUCUAAGGAAUUGCCAGUCUUGCAGAAGAUGCGUUUAUUACCUUAUCAGAUAUGGAGGGGUUGCAAACCUCUUCUUGACGGAAAGACCAUUAUUGAGGAAAAUUCAGACUCACAUUUGGACAUAAGAAAAUAUUUCACUAAACACAUGGUUAAUGAGAAUUUGGGUACGAUCUGGAAUGUUCAUGUGGUUCACACUGACCUCAGUGAAUAUGGAGCAUUGGAUGAGAAGUGCAUCAAAUUGGCAGAGCUUGCUGCCACAGCAGUUGAUUUCCCCAAAACUGGAAAGAUUGUCACCAUGCCAUUUGAACUCAAACCGAAAAUGUAUCCCUACUUUAUGGAGAAAGAGGAAUUUCAGUCAUCCAAGUCAGAAAUUUUGAAGCCUUUUUAG